AUGUCAAGCAUUUUCAGCAAGAUAUUCGCCUUCUUCUCUUGGCAAAAGCCACCACCACCCACCUUCCGCAUUACCGCACUCGUUGCACCCGCAACAUCAGAACAGUACCGCUCCAACUCCAGCUUCUCACACGCUGAUCUACUCGGUAUCGAAGAAACAAUCACAUUCGAUGUUGACUGCGACGUAAUUCCGGAGCAGAUCCGCUGUAGCUGCCUCACGUCCGGAAACGAAUGCACCGCAAAAUACCUAGAGGAACAUUAUGUGAUGGAAUGGGCUGCUGGUAGUAUCAUGGAGUAUGAGGAGGUGGAAAUUAGAGGCGAAUUAGUGAGGAGGGAGAAAAGAGGACGACCUAGAAUUUGGGAAGGAUGGUGCAAAGAUGGUGGGAUGGUUUAUUUGGGGCCAACGGAGAGAAUGAGGUGUAUUGAGGGUUACGACGAGCAUCUCAGAGAGCAGGCGAAGAUAGACGGAGCCAGGAGGACGAAUAGUUGCGAAUGA